AUGGCACCCGAUUUACCUCCCUUUUCUUAUCUGCUUAUUCAAACUUUGCGUUUCGCUUCUUCAUAUCUAAUUUCUAUUAUACUUUUCUUUCUUUCUUGCUUUCUUUCUUUCUUUCUUUCUUUCUUUCUUUCUUUCUCCAACCUCUGUUUCUAUUUAUAUUUCAUUUUUCUGAAUUUAUUGCAUUUUUUCUAUCUAUCUAUCUAUCUAUCUAUCUAUCUAUCUAUCUAUCUAUCUAUCUAUCUAUCUAUCUCAGUCUGUUCAUUAUAUAUCUAUCUAUCUAUCUAUCUAUCUAUCUAUCUAUCUAUCUAUCUAUCUAUCUAUCUCAUCUGUUCUAUAUCUAUCUAUCAAUCUAUCUAUCUCAGUCUUUUGUUCCUAUCUAUCUAUCUAUCUAUCUAUCUAUCUAUCUCUGUUAAUAUCUCUCCGCUAGCUUGCUAUUUAUGUAUCUUUCUAUUUUGUCCUUUGUUUAUUUUUCUUUCGAUCUUUCUUGUGUCUUUCGCCCUAUUUCUUUUUUUUCCUGUGUUUCUUUCGGCCUUUCAUUCCUUCGUUUCGUCAUUUUCUCUUUCAUUUUUGUAUUCUUUCUUUCUUUCUUGCCGUUUUCAUUACUUUCUUCUUACAUUCCUUCCUUCCUUUCUUUUUUCCAUAUUUAAUUUCAUUCAUCUUUUCUUCCUCGUCUUUUUCAUUUUCUAUUUUUGUUUUUCUUUCUUCUUUUGCCUUUUCCCCUCCAUUUAUCUUUCCUUCUUUUUUUCUUUUGUUUUCUUUUUUCGUCCUCUCGCCUUCACUUAUCUUUCUCUUUGCUCUCAUUCACCCCUCUUUACUUCAUCACACUUUCCUUCCUUCCUUCCUUCCUUCCUUCCUUCCUUCCUUCCUUCCUUCCUUCCUUCCUUCUCUCUUACUCCUCUUUUCUACACUCUUCUCUCCAUUCCCUCCUUUCUCUCCUUGUCUCUUUCUCCUCUAUUUUUCCUUUCAUUCUAUUCUUUACCUCCCCACUUGAUAACAAUACAGUUCAUUUUUUACCUCCUCCUCCUCCUCCCACUCGCCUUUAACUCCAUCCUGAUAUCGCCGACUAUUCGCCUUAACUUGCUAACAAUGAUUUAG